CUAUAUAUAUACCUGUAGGAAGCCGUAUCGAAAGUAAAUUUCAGUCGGAAGUGCAGUGGCUAGGUAUACAGUAUCUGAAAGAUUAAGGGCAAUGCUUUGAGACAUAAAGUCCAGAUUGGUUUGACAUUAAGGAAAUAUGGAUGACAUAGUCGACCCCGGGACGGGACUUACAGAGCGACAGAAGACGGCCGUCCGUGAAAGCUGGGCCAAAAUGGGGACAAAUGACAUUGUGGAGUUCUUCUGUAGAUUGUUUAAGACGUUCCCAUACACACGAGCAUAUUUUAAGACUCUUGACGGCAUUGACCAAGAUGCCCUAAAGACCUCCUCUAAGCUACGAGCACAUUCAAUCAACUUCAAACACGGUGUCAGCUCCUUUAUAGAUAACUUGGACGAUAUCGAAUGCCUCGUGAUCCUCAUUCAGAAAGUCACAGAGAAUCACUUCAGGAGAAACAUAAAACGAAAAUCGUUUGAAGAGGCGUUCCCGCUAUUUACGACGCUUGUCGGAGACGUCCAAGAAGCUGAUGAGUUCACAUUGAACGCAUGGAAGGACACCCUCGCCACUGUCCUAUCCGUGAUCACCGAACACAUAAAAACACUGGAGGCACAGACGGUUGGGCACGCAUAGAAAUCUGAUAAUGUUAGACUUCAAUGGCGUUUAGUAUUACGCAAGUGUAAAGUUCGUGCCAAUAUAUUUAGAGCAUGCACGUGUUAUUGACUUAUAUCAUGUAAAUGCAAAAGGUUGUAUUCAAUUCAGAUAUGUUUUAUGAAUAGAUUUUAAAUUAGG